ACGAAUUCGAUGCCCACUGUAGAUACGUGCUUCACGUCCGUUGAGUAUCGAGUGUCGAUGGUUGGUUGCCUCUAGAGAACUGACAGUGUCGUGGGAUGGUUAAUGCUUGAAAGGCUCAUUGAAUAUUCACCUAAAUUAGCUGAGUAACACCUCGGUUAAUUAGCACGACCAAAAUAAACGGGAAAAAGUGACAACGUGACUGGUAAGCGGGAGAACGCAGUUGCAUGAUAGCCACGAGUGAGUCAACGGACAAUAGAGCGGAGCAAGAGAGUACGAAGUAGUACUUGCAGUACAGUAGAAGGGAUGCGUCGAAGUCAGCCGUAAUUCGAUCAGCCUGCUAAUUUACGCAGAACCAAUAUGUCUGAAAUGUUUGAGUCCACGGAGCAGGGCAAGGAUUUAUGUAUUCAUGCUGGAGUAGUUUUGAGGAAAGCGAACACAAAGGAGGAUGAAGUUCACAGCUUGGGCACGUUGAAUAUCGUUGAAUAUAGUUUCGGAAGGUGCAUAGAAUGGAAAUCUAUAGUGGAUUCUGUGGUUUCCGAGAAGCAAGAUCAAGAUUCGGAAUGGUCUCUGGUAAACACUCAUACUAGACGUACUCGAACUUCGUCGGAGGGACCAGAUUCCCAGGGAAACAAUAGGACAGUCAGAAUUUUAUUCUCAAAUUUAUGCUCCUUUUGUAUACACUCCAGGGGCCAGCAGCUCAUAUUCAAGCAAAAGGAUGACACUGUAUACGUCGCCUUUUUCCAACUAUCCAAUGCAGACAGUUUUGUAAAUUCUUUGAGGGGGUUCAUUAAGUUUGUAAGGUCUCGUGUGAAUAGAAACAUGUACCUUGUAGUAGACGAAGUACAAAAUGUACUGACUAGAUCAUUCGCCGAGUUAGAUAUAAUUCAAGAGAACACCGCAGAUUACGUUUGGAAAUUUGUAAAAAAUUGGCAAGACCAUCCGUACGAGGCAACGAUGGAAAUGUUUAGUAAAAUAGCUGAUAUCUGGUUGCACAAAGAAGCAGCUAAACGCCCGGUCGAAGAGGCCGUUGCCGAUAUACUAAAUAAUUCUUUAUCCAUUGAAGUAACCCAUCCACCGGUGUCUAUAGACUCUGGAGAGGAGUACGAAGUAAUCGGGGUACAAAGAUUGGGAAUCAUUUUACCACAGAGACCAACAUGUCUACGAGGUACGCCACUGACGCAGGAUCAGUGGAACAGGUAUCAGGACUCACAUGGAAGAAUCUUAAAUCCUCAACAAGUAAAAGAAGUGGUUUUCCGCGGGGGUAUCGUACCGUCUUUGCGACUCGAAGUAUGGAAGUUUUUGUUGAACUAUUAUCCGUGGGAGUACACGCAUAGUCAGAGACGCGAACUGAAAAAGAAAAAAGAUGACGAAUACUUUAUGAUGAAAUUACAAUGGAAAUCCAUGACCGCCGUUCAGGAGAAGAACUUCUCCGGUUAUCGAGAUCGAAAGAGCUUGAUAGGAAAGGACGUUAAUAGGACAGACAGAACGCAUCCUUAUUACGCGGGCGACAACAAUCCUCAUUUAGCACAGUUGUACGACAUUCUAAUGACGUACGCGAUGUACAAUUUCGAUUUAGGGUAUGUUCAAGGCAUGAGUGAUCUUCUCAGUCCGAUUUUGUUCUUAAUGGACAGCGAGGUAGACGCGUUUUGGUGUUUCGUCGGGUUCAUGGAGAAAGUGAGCACGAACUUCGAAAUGGACCAAGCCGGCAUGAAAUCGCAACUGUGCCAAUUGUACAAUUUAUUGAGCACCAUAGAUCUGGAGUUCGCAAGUUAUUUGUGCAAGCACGACUCGGGGAAUAUGUUCUUCUGUUUCCGAUGGCUCCUAGUCCUUUUCAAGCGGGAAUUCGACACCGUCGACAUCAUGAAAUUGUGGGAAGUGUUGUGGACCGAUAUACCCUGCAAGAGUUUCCAUUUGCUCGUAUGUACGGCCAUACUGGACAGGGAGAAGCACGUGCUUAUGGAGAAUAAUUACGGGUUCACGGACAUAUUGAAGCACAUAAAUAACCUCUCCCUUCACAUCGAUUUGUCGUCAACGUUAUUGGAGGCAGAGGGUAUUUAUUGUCAGCUAAUGUCGGUGGCGGACAAGCUACCCGACAGUAUUCGUUCAAUAAUUGGGAUCGAACGUUUGAACAAAGUGACGGCUGAUGACGCAGAGGAAGUUGCAGCUUCUUCUGCUAAUAGCGAGAAGGUAGACUGGGUUGAUGAUACUAAUUCGAGGAGCGACAGCAUGGAGUGUGAGAACGUCAGGUUGGGCGAGAACGAGGUGUCCUUCGAACGGGGGUUACAUAUGUCGUAUAUGUGAGACCUGGACAGAUCGUUCAUUAUGAUUCGCGAACCGUGUUGUGCACCACAGUCAAUUUUAAAAGAGCUACACUUUUAAGGGACAUUUGUAGUUCUGCUUUCGCGACGAACUGACUCGGCCGUUUUAGUUCGCUGGAACAGUGCAAUGAAUCGUAUUCCGGCUCUCUAUAAACAUUGUCACUUACGAUCGACGCUUUAUACGAAAUAUGCAUAUUUUAUAAUGAUAUCACAUGUAUUGCGUAUUGUUCGAUUUGUUUUCAAUCGAAGCGAUAACGUCACGAUCGCGGGACGUGACCGGUUUAGCGAUGAUUUCACAAAGUUGCAGCGAGGAUUACUGUUAGUAGCGUUGAAUUUUGAGAUAUUUAUGAAAUUCAUUGUAAUUACAAAGAGAUUAUAGACGCGCAUAUUUAGCGGAUAAGAAGGUAGUUUCGUACAAAUUCAUUUUUCGAUGCACGUUGGACUUGAGAGAGAAUAUACGGGGACAGUUAUCACCGUAUUUUCGGUUUACCAGAUCGUAUCGUUUUUUUCACUUACGUUCGAUGUGUUUUUUUUCCCCCACAUGUGUAUAAUAACGACAAGGCACCGCUGUAUAUUUCUAAUAAAAAUCAUCUGUUUAAUCUGCGA